AUGACGGAUGCUGAAAGAAUAUCGUAUACUGCCAACAUCUUUAAUCUGUUUAGAUACGCACUGACUGCUAUUCUGGGCAGAUUAACACACAGAUUAAGAGCAAUAAUCCCUCAAACAUCUAACAAGCUCACCUACAGCGAAGAUAACGAAGAAACUAAUAUUUUGCUACUGCUUGCGGUUAUCUAUUGCACAUGUGAUCAAAGCAAAUCAGGUUGUUGUUUGGAACAUGCUGAUGUGGAUUUUUCCAAUUAUCCCGAAUGUGACAUGAAAGUUUCAUGCAUUUUUGAAAAUAUGAAUAUUUUAAGAAACUCAACGCUCCAAAUUGACAGAGAUAUUCAUGAUUUUAAAUGUCUAAUAUUUAGAAAUUCCACCGUUUAUGAAAUUCCCAGUGGCAUUUUUCUAACACUGAAAAGUAACAUCACCCAUUUAUAUGCAAAUCACGUUGGAAUAGCAGAGCUCAGGAGAAUUUCUUUUCCCUUUGGAGAUAAAUUGCGGGUCGUCGACCUGUCCGGAAAUAAGAUAAAAAAGAUUGUUGAGACGGUGUUUUACGAUGCGCCCAAACUUGAAAUCUUAAAUUUAAGUGAUAAUCAGAUUUCUUAUUUCUCUUCAAAUGCCUUUGAAAAAUUGACGAGUUUAAAGAUAUUAAAUCUAAGCAGAAAUGAAAUCACAAAAAUUCCCUACGAAUUAUUUCAGCCUUUAAACGGCAUCAUCUUUCUCAAUUUGAGAUUUAAUCGUCUUGAAUUAAAGUAUGGCAUCUUCCCAGACAUGGUGAAAUCUUUAGAUUUGUCUUACAAUAACAUUGAAUUUCAUCAUAAAUUUAAAAUAUUUGCUCUGUUAAAUAACUUAGAAACAUUAUCAUUGCAUGGAAAUCGAAUUGAAAAUAUUCAUCCCAGCAUUUUUGAAUCAAAUCUGAAAUUUCUUGGAAUAUCAGAUAAUAACUUUGCAUGUAAUACACUUGCUGAUAUUUUCCUAGCAAUGAGAGAGAAUGACGUUUUCAUGGGUUUAUGCGCAACAGUUACAUUAAGCACGUGUUUUUAUGCUCUCUUUGAGAGAUUUUCAAUUAAUGAUGUUGCUGAUGAUUUCGAAAUUGUAAAAUAUGAUCCUAUCUCUAGAAAUUUUGAAUCAGUCUAUGAUUGUCUAUGCAUUCGAUAG